UUGGCCAGGCACAACCACAACAUAAACCAUCAUUCCACGAGCAGACGGGACAGUGCAGAGCUUCCCUGUAGAGAAGUUUAGGAGCAACGAUGAAGAGUAGCACACUCGUGGUCAUCCUGGUUCUCCAGGCCGUCCUGGUCAUGGGGAUCCUCUCACAGGCCAACGCCGAGUUCCCAAAGUGCUGCGACAGCUGCAGGUUCUUCUCGGGGGCCGUGGUCUGCGACGACGCCGGCCCCAAGUGCCGCGACGGCUGCGUGAACUGCCGCGUCGUGCAGACGAGCCCUAAGAAGACGUUCCGAUGCGCCGAUGCACGCGUCGACGAUGGCACGCCCUGCAAGCCCUGCAAGAAGUACUGAUCGCUCAUGCUCAGAACAUCAGAUGUUGCGCCGAAAAUAAAAGCUGGGAUGAGUUGAGCAGAGCCGUUAUGGCUGUACGUGCACGUGUUCCACGCCCAACAACAAUUGUUGUUAUCAUCGUCGUCGUUAUGCUUUUCUCUCUCUCUCCAGAAAAAGCUGUUGUCGCUGCUCCGUGAAUAAAUCACAUAAGUAUGUAUCACAGUAUCAGUGUAUGCGUCUCUGCUCAAUCAAAUAAAAAUCAGUUUAUUUGUGUCAA